GCAACCCAUCGCUAGCGCAGAGUUACCACACUGUUCUAAAGUCGUAUUGUGCGAAUAAGAUUUAAGGAAAUUAACAAAAACAAUAAGAGAAUUUCCAUUAAAACAAAGGACAGCAUGGCCCACGACCGCGAGGUGUUGCGCAUGAUCUGGGAGGGUCAAAUUGGGAUAUGUUUUCAGGCGGAUCGUGAUGAAAUCGUGGGCAUUAAACCGGAGCCCUUCUACCUAAUGAUAUCUCGAUUAAGCUAUUUGCCAUUAGUGACCGACAAGGUGCGAAAGUACUUUUCACGCUAUAUAUCCGCCGAGUAUCAGGAUGGAGCUGUGUGGUUCGACUUUAAUGGCACACCACUGCGUCUGCACUAUCCAAUUGGUGUGCUGUAUGACCUGCUACAUCCGGAGGAGGACAGCACGCCCUGGUGCCUCACCAUACACUUUUCCAAAUUUCCCGAGGACACGCUUGUCAAGCUCAACUCCAAAGAGCUGCUGGAAUCGCACUACAUGUCGUGUCUUAAGGAGGCAGACGUACUCAAGCAUCGUGGUCUCGUAAUUUCGGCAAUGCAGAAAAAGGAUCACAACCAGCUCUGGCUGGGCCUCGUCAAUGACAAAUUUGACCAGUUUUGGGCAGUCAAUCGAAGGCUAAUGGAACCGUACGGCGAUCAAGAGUCUUUCAAGCAUAUUCCCCUGCGCCUAUAUGCGGACGAUGACUUUACCUACACGCAAAAACUGAUAUCGCCGAUCACGGAAAGUGGACAAAAGAAGAGUCUGGCCGACCUGAUGGCCGAAUUAUCGACACCUAGGCUGAAAGCAGUUGGUUGCCGAACUCAUGGUAUCGAUCUUCAUGAGGAGACCCAGCUUCAAUGGUUGUCGGAACACUUGAGUUAUCCCGACAACUUUCUGCAUUUAUCGAUUGACUACAAAACCUUGUAGCUUUUAUAUAUUUAAGCUUAUGUAUAAGUAUGUAUGCCUGAGUGUGUGUGUGUGAGUGUCUUUAAUUAAUUUAAUUCCAGCCAAUCCCAAGUUUAUAUGUUUCUAUACGUAUGUACAUGUACGCAAUGAUAUAUUUAUAAUUAAGUUGUAAUUGUAAUGUUUGUCGGUGUGUAAUAAUUACAAUAUGUUUAUUUAAAAAUAU